AACACCGCCAAGAGUGUCAAACCAUAUCCUCAGUUUUCUCAGUUUUCUCAUUGCUGAUGCUGUUCGUAUUAUGGAGUUACCCGAGUCAACUAUGGCACUGAAGAGAAAACAUAGUUCUAGCGCUCAGGUGUACGACUCUUACCGCAGCAUCUCCUCAACUUUCAGCACCGAUGCGGCUAAAAACCAUCAGCCCGUUAGUGUUGUUGAGGAAAAUGAGAUGCCAUUGAGAAAGAGGAGGAGGUUGGAUAGUUUUGAGAAGCCGCCCUCUCUUCAUUUUUGUGAAUGGAGCGGCAACUCAGACCAAGAUACCGCUGCGAAAAGUGCUGAGGAUCAGAAUUCUCUACAGUACAGCGCCUGUGCUUUAGAUGAUGAUGGUCUUCAGAAAACUCUUUCCAGUGGUCUUGAACCCAAGCGGACAUCUUUUAACAUUGGCAGAAAGAGAAAACGAAGUUCUCACAGUGUUCAGGUGUACGACUCCCAUCAGAGCACUUCCUCAACAUCCAGCACUGAUGCGGCUGAAAACCAUCUGCCCAUUAGUGUUGGUGAGGACAAUGAGAUGCCAAUGAGAAAGAGAAGGAGGUUGGAUAGUUUUGAGAAGCCGCCCGCUCUUCGUUUCUGUGAACGGAGCGGCAGCUCAGACCAAGAGACCGCUGCGAAAUAUGAGAGAAGUGCUGAGGAUCAGAAUUCUCUACAGUACAGCGCCUGUGCUCUAGUGAAUCACGGUCCUCAGGAACCUGCUUCCAGCGGUCUUGAAGUCCUUCCUCCUGCAGAUCAGCAGGUUCAAACCCCUCCAGCUUCAGUCCACCUCAGUCCAGUCAGUCCAGCACCAAAUCACAACAACAGAGUGGACUUGACAACUGAGGAUGACAUUCUGAGCCGGUAUGAAAUCGGCAGAAAGCUUGGUGAGGGAGGAUUCGGAUCUGUCUAUGAAGGGAAACGCUUGGAGGAUGACCUUGAGGUGGCAGUGAAAUUUGUCCAAAAAACACCAGAAGACAUGGAAUACAUCAACAUUCCUGGUCAUCCCACACCCCUUCCAUUAGAGGUCGGCCUGUUAACUCUUGUUAACAAGGGUCCUAAAGUUCCAGAGAUCAUCGAGCUGCUGGAGUGGCAGGACCAACCCGACCAAUACAUCAUGGUCUUGGAGCGUCCCCCAUCCUGCCAAGAUCUGUGGGAUUUUCUGAACAAUCACGACGGCAUCCUCAAUGAGGACACAGCACGGUUUAUAAUGACGCAGGCAACAAUGGCCGCUCACGUGUGCUGUCGUCGUGGAGUUUUCCACAGUGACAUUAAACUGGAGAACCUGCUGGUCAACACUGAAACACUCGAGGUCAAACUGAUCGACUUCGGGUGCGGGGAUCUCCUGCAAGAAUCCGCCUAUGACGUCUUCUGUGGCACAGAUGAGUACUGCCCACCUGAGUACAACACAGACGGCAAGUACCACGGUAAACCAGCUACUGUGUGGUCUCUGGGAGUGCUCUUAUUCGUGUUGGUCUGUGGACGCUUUCCAGAACCCAACGACCUGGAGAUGAUUUAUGAUGGCAUCUGGUCUGAGCCUGGCUUGUCAAACGAAUGCUGCCAGCUGAUUCGAUCCCUCCUGCAGAAAAACCCAAACCAGCGGAUUGAUUGGAGGGAAAUCAUUUUUCAUAAAUGGUUUAAGGUCACAGAAUAAGACAUGAAUAUGAAAAUAGUGCACAAGUGGCAUCCCUCCCUCCAUGCUGGCGACCCUUGACUUGACUUGUCUAGGAACAGUACAAAAAUCCCCCAUCACAGCCGACUUUAGGCAGAGCUGCAUGUCAGAAUUCCUCUCUUGGCUGCCCCAGAAGUUCAUGUGAAAGCUGUUCCUUCCACUGCAAAGAAUCCUGCACUGGAUGUCACAGAAUUUCCCAUCUUUGGCAGCUCCAUCACUCUACUGAGCAUCUAGCAGGCUGAUAUGUGUGGUCCCACAAUGCUUUAAUGAACUCGGUAGCAUUUGGCUCCUUAGUUUGAAGCAGUAUUUGGUGACCACACUGUAAAUG